AUGGAAAAAUUGUUUGUCCACUUAAUAAGAAGAAGUGAUGAAUAUUUUGAAUUAGCUGGACUAUCCGAAGAUAAGCGGUUAUGGUUUAGCUUACCAGAUGAACAUAAAAAUUUAUAUGAACAUAAGGUAUUAUCAUCAAAAACCACCAUUAAAAGUGCAAUUGCUGCUAUUAAACCGAUUAAUGGUUUCCGAAAAAUUGGCAUUAAAUUAGAUGAGGAUUUGAAAAAAGAAUAUUUUGAUGAAGAUGGAAACCUUAGCUACAAAAACUAUCCGUUACAGGAAUCUGUAGUUUUUUUUGAUGUGAGUGAAAAACUCCAAGAAGAAAAUUUUUUAAUUAAAAGAAUCAAGGAAUUAGAAUUAAAAUUAAAUGACAAAGAUGAGAUAAAAUUGCAAAAUAUAGAAAAGAAGUUUGUUCUUGAUAAAUAUGACAAAACACAAAACCCUUCUGAGUGGUUUUCUAAAUUUGAAAGUGAAUGUGACCGAAAUAAAAUAAAAAGUGAUACCCAGAUGAUUGAAGCUUUACGAUUUUUUGUCGCUGGAUCGGCCAAACACUGGUAUGAAGGAAAUUUGAAAAAAUUUGGUCUAACUAAUUGGUCUGAAUGGCGAAAUUCAUUUUUUUCCAUUUUUAUUGACAAAGGUUGGACAGCUGUCAGAAAAGCAUAUACCUAUAAAUACUUAGGCGGCUCAUUGAUCGAUUACGCUUUAACAAAAGAAAAUUUAUGUUUAGAAGUAGAAAGUGAUAGUACUAUGAGUUCCAGAAUAAACUUGAUUGUAAUGGGUUUACCAUCUCAAGUUCAAGAUGAGCUAGAUCGCGAAGACAUUAACACUAUAAAAAAAUUAUACAAUGAACUCCGAAAGCUAGAUGGUCAAUAUAAUAAACGUUCGAAAGAAAAUAAACCAUAUGAUAAUCGGCAUGAAAAAACAAAAUUAGGAGAAUCGACUAAAAAGAAACAAAUUGAUAUACCCUUGAAAAAACCAUGCUACAUGUGUGAAGCUCUUGGUUGGAAAAAUCGAUUUCAUCCCUCUAACGAAUGCCGAAAUAAAAUACUGUACGCUCAGAAAAAAGAAUCUAAUUUAAUUGAAACGAAAUCUGAUUCAGAAAAUGAGGCUGAAAUGAUGAAAAUGGAAAUUGACCAAAAUUCUUUAAACUAGAGA